AUGCCCAAUUACUUUGUCGGACCCUUCGGCCGUAUGCUACCUGUCAUCGAUGAUCCACCUUCUGAGCAAGAGUCAAGAUUCUCUCGAGAACCGAUGGGUUCCGUAUAUCAACUUCCCCCGCCUCGAGCGCCAAUACCAUUACGAUUCGGAACGGACACUCUCCUACGUCAGCACGCCCCGACAGAAAGACCAAAUUCGGGCACGGGACGGCGCUGGGAUGACACGGGGCCAAGGAAGGAGCAACUGCCGUCGGUUAGUCAGUUGCUGACUCCCGUCUCUCUGCCGAAUGCAUCGUCUCCUUAUGAUCGCCGACCAGGCCGUGAUACCCAGGCGGGUUAUUCAGUCCACCAUAACGACCGUAGUCUCGCCUCUAGUGCGCCUAGUGCACCGAUCUUCGAUAGAUCGACCUAUCAAGAGCCGAGGAGCUUACCCCCGAUAGUCAACAUUCCCGUUCGAAACCGAGAGGAUGAACUGCGGUCGCACCAGGAAACACACGGAACUUUAUCAGACCAACCGUUGCACCAUGACCGACUUCCGCACCUGGAUGCAGCGCCUCCGCACAGGGAACCAGCCAGUGACCUUCGUCCAUCAACGGCGGCUACCGAAAAUCGACCACAAGCACCUUCAGUCCAGCCGCAUGUAGUCGAUGAGAGAUACAUAGAGGGAGAAGGGCUGUGUUAUGUGUACGCUGACAAUUCAUAUUGCCCGAAAAAUAUAGAUGGUGUACCGGUUAACGCGAAUUGGGGUAUUACCAAGGCGGGCAAGCCCAGGAAACGAUUGGCACAGGCGUGCCUUACUUGCAGGGAAAAGAAAAUCAAGUGCCAUCCAAAUCUGCCCAAGUGCGAUCAAUGCCAGAAAUCUGGGCGAGAGUGCCGAUUCGAAAAUGCGCCUCGUGGCAACCGAGCUGGAUCAAAAGCUUCACACCUGGCCAGCAGGCAUGAUGCUUUGUCGUAUGAGUCUCCUGGUGCUUCCAGCUUUAUGGGCACUGCGCACGCGUUGGAACGAUCAACUUCCCUCCCACUCACUGCCGCCCACACCCCGGAAUCAGAUACAACAAUGGGCACACUGUCAGCAUGGGACCGUGCUCAGCGGAGCGAUGGGGAAUCUGAACGACCGCACAGCUCAAAAAAGCGGCGCUUGAGCAGGGUAUCUGCUGGAAAGGACGAAUCCUUCAAGCGCUCCCUGGUUGGCAGCAUGGAGCCUCAGAGACAACCCGAUUACGCUGAGAUCCUAUUUGCAAUGAGGGACCUAGAUCCUGAUGAUCCACUUGCACGCGAAUGGAGUAUAGAUCCAUAUGAAGUCGAACCGGAGUCAACCACACAUCAUCUCGAGAACUACUUCACUUACGUGAAUGACAACCUAUACCCGAUAUUUCCACGAAAACGGUUCCUCCUAUGGGUUAAAUCCUGCCAGACCAAGUCCCUUGAUGACAAAAUGCUACUUUAUUGGAUGCUGGCCAUGGGAUGUGUUUUUUCAGAUCGCUCCGACAAGGUAGCGGCCUUGAAGAAGUACUCCCGUACAGCACGAUAUGCCGUGGAACAUACCCAGAACACGCUUACGCUGCAACUGGCUCAGAGCCGUAUUAUCAUGAGUCUUUGGUACUACGCAAUCGGUGCUAUACUCAAGUCUUGGGACUAUGUAGGCGCAGCGAUUCGAACAGUCAGCGGGCUGAAUUAUAACUUUGAAUCCUUGGGUGUUAUUGUGGAUCAGAACCAAGGCUGCGAAUAUGGUCUACAUCCACAAGCGUUAAUUGAAUGUCGUCGUCGGACGUUUUGGGUUGCUUACUUGAUGGAUCGGUUUUCGAGUUUCAAUUCACCUUUCAUACCGUCGCAAGCGGCCUUCCUACGUCUACCAUGUCGGGAAGAAACCUACGAGGCACAGCAAUACGCGACAGUGCCAUACUUUCAAAACAAAGCGCCGCCAUCAGCGGAUGACAUCUCAGUCUUGAGCCCAUUGGCAUUCCUUAUAGACAUCCUGUCCGUGUGGGGAGAUGUAUCAGAUCAGGGGUUUAAACUCUCUAUGACCUCCACUGAAUCAUACAAUGACGAUUAUGAAGCAUUUUAUGCAUCAAUUGUCGAACGGUGUGAUGAAUGGUCCAGGAAGCUCCCCCAUGAACUCGCGAUCACGGCCGACAAUAUUGAGAGAGGCAUUCGUACCAAAAAAGUGAACAUUCUUCUCCUUAACCAUCUGGUUUAUCAUGACACCUUGUUGAAGUUAAACCGAUAUGUUCGAUAUGAGGAUCUCCGUGCUGUAACAGUGAAUCGGUUUAUCUGCCGAGCCAGACACCACGCAGUCGAGAUCCUACAGAUAUGUCUGAUGUUUUUACAACACGUAUCAGAACAUGGUUCUUCGGGGCCCGGUGCGGAAUUGGAGUCGUUUCGAACAAUGGCUUUCAACCCCUUCGUGGGCUACAUGGUUCUCUCCGCAGCUGAUGUCCUCAGUGCAGCCGGUGCGAUGACUGGGCUGUUCGACUCUACUAACCUCAUUCGAGGUGGGCUGGACAUGGUGCGAGGACUUAAUCGCUACUGGCAAGGGAUGUCCCCCUUGGUUUCGUUGAUCGAAACGCGGCUAAAUGCGAUGGUUGCAUCUCUCAACUCUCGAUCAGACAAACUAGGGUUCGUGAUGGACAGUACAUCACUGGAGGCUGCGGCCCGCUCCCCUACACCUAUAGCCAGGCAGUACAGCCUUAAAACACAGCAGUUGAACAAACAGGACCUGUUUUAUGGGGGUCUACCUCGUGAGAAGUUGUUGAUUGCUCUAGGCGCUGACGCCUCGUUGUCGAAGGACAAUAUCAUCUGGAUUCGAGAGAACAGUUACCAGUAA